AAUUAAACAUUUGACCAGAGGACACUUUGUUCCUGGCAGUUUCAUUCUGAAGUCUCGAGGGUGUGACUUACAGCAGCAUUAGGGUGAAAUCUUCAUUUUUAUGGCAUUUACUGCAUUAUGUGUUGAGCAGCUGCGUAUUGUAGUUUUUGUAUAAUAAGGGUUUGCUGUGAAUGAGACGUGUUUGCGUCAGAGCGACUGUAAAGAAUCAGGAGACUGAUGACUCGAGGCGUUUGUGGACGAAAGCUCCGAUCUCGACUCCCGUAUUUCCAGAAGUGGUCAGAUUAUAAUAUUCUCUUUCUCUCUUUAGGAACCAUGAGUUUGCGAGAGCUGCAUCUGAACGGUCCAUGAUGAGCAGUGCGUCUGCAGAUCGUGAGGUGCGCUGUCUGCUGUGAACGCCACGCCUGACCCUCGGCCUGCUGGGAGCUGCAACUCUUUCCAUGUGUUUAUUUGAGGUGCUUUUAUGUCCAGAUCAGAAGCGCUUUCAGACUCUUUUCUCAUGGCUUUGAUUGCUCAGACACUAGCGGCGGAGUUCCUGUCUGCAUCGAGUGGCAAAGUAAUGCGGCCCUUCCUCUGGGCUGCGCUGUGAGCGUCUCGCUGCGGUCCUGUUGUGCUCGUCUUCUCUCUUCUGAGCGUCAGAAUGAGACAUUGUGUCGGGACAGAGAAGAGCGUGUGAUCUCUGACCAGCAGUUUUGCACUGAUCCAGAAAAAUGAAUGGAGGAAAAGAGAGGGAGGGUGCUGAGGGCAGAGGUCAGCUCGCCCAGGUGCCCAUCGGCUGGCAGCGCAAGGUGGAGGCCUCGGGGGUCCUGUAUAUCAGUCCGAGUGGAUCAGUGCUGUCCUGCCUCGAGCAGCUGAAGUCGUACCUGCUGACCGAUGGCACGUGUAAGUGUGGUCUGGAGUGUCCUCUCGUCCUCCACAAGGUUUUCAAUUUUGAUCCUGGUGCGGUGGUGAAGCAGAGGACUGCGGAGGAUGUGAAGAGCGAUGAGGAUGUUACGAAGCUCUGCAUCCACAAGAGAAAGCUGAUCGCUGUGGCGACGCUGCAUAAGAGCAUGGAGCUGCCGCGUCCGUCCCUGACGCUCACCAGCCCCGGCGGAGGCACACGUGUGACGUCUGUGACCCGUAACGCACAGCCUCGAGCAAUAAGGAAUAAAACCCACGAGGGCCAGCCCGAAUGUAAGAACCCGUUCAAGGCGAUGAUGGCGGCGGGGCAGCGGCACUUCUCUCCGGAUCCGUGCGGCUCACAGCAGCAGGAGGUUUUCCCUGUGUAUUCCCGGCAGAGGCUGGCCAGCAGAGAGCCGGGGCCCAAGUCCCCCUACCGCAGCGUGCACAUGCUGAGCCCUCCCUCGCAAACCUUCGGGGACGGCUCUCUGUCCCCACGAACAGACGCUCUCGGCAGUCCUGAUGGGUUUGUGCGCAACACCCCCUGCGGCUUCCAGGGGACCGGCAGUCCCGGGGCCAUGCACAGCAGCAGCCGCCGCAUCCCUUUGUCUUCUCCUGGAGUCAUGAUGCAUGGCUCGCCCGCUGCCCAGUCGUCCUGCAUCAUGGCUGGAAGGACUAACAUGCCUCUGUCCCCUCCGGCCCCCAACAAGAGCCCGAUCAUGAAGAAGCCCCUGUGCAGCUACCCGCCGGGCAUGGACUCCAGCAGGACUGUGUUUCAUCACAAGGCCCCGUCUGCUCCCGCCUGUGCCCUGCAGAGCAAGCAGCUGAGCUCCGAGAAGGACCCUCUCGGCAUCCUGGAUCCGAUUCCCAGUAAACCCAACCCUUCCGCUUUCCAGCCCAGCGUCCACUCUCAGGUACCAAUGAUGAAUGUAAACAUCCCCCCCGCCAUCGUCCCGCUGCCGAGUAACCUGCCUCUGCCCUCGGUGAAGCCGGGGCCGGUGGGUCACAUGCAGAGGACUCAGCACACCGCCUCUGUCUCCCCGUCGCCCGUCACCUCUCCCGUGCACAUGUCCGGGCCGGUCUUGGGCCGCAUGGAGGCGUCUCCGCAGCGCUCCCGCUCCUCCUCCACCUCCUCGGAGCAGGGAACCUUCGCUGUUCCCCCCUGUAGCAGUAUGAAGGUCCCGCCGCGCUCGCCCAGGUCCUCCAUGAGCUCGCCCCGGCCUGCUCUGCCCUCCAGCCCGUCUAGCAAACCGGAUGCUCUCCACCAGUACAAAGACGUGCCCAGCCAGCUGCUGGCCGGGAUGAGUGCUCAGCACAACCCCAUGUAUCCGCACGCCCCGCAGAAGGAGCACCCGGGCCUUUUGGGAAUGCCACUGAACCAGAUCCUUAAACAACACAACGCUGCCUCUUUCCCUGCCAGCAGUCUCCUCUCAGCGGCCGCCAAAGCACAGCUAGCAAAUCAAAACAAGCUCAUGGGAGGUGUGUCGAGUGCAGGGACGUCUGAUGCUAGCAGGGCUGUCGAAGGCCACAACACUCUAAAUCCCAUGUUGCCACCCAACCCUUCCAUGAUGAUGCCCAGCCGCGAGGGCCAGAGCGGACGCGCGGCGCUUCGGGACAAGCUCAUGGCGCAGCAGCGCGACCCUCUCCGCAAGCGCAAGCUUCCUCCAAACGCUGCCAACCACGAGAACAGCUUCUUCAACAUGAGGACACCCUGUCCUUCCACUGAGCUUAUGAGAAAAACCUCUCGACUGCCCUCCAACACGUCAAUGGCCCAGCUACUCCAGUCUCUGAGCAACCACAGUUCCCACAUGAGAAACCCAGGCCGCGCACACUUUAGCGAGGGGGCCGUGGUCUCCGGAGCGGGGCCUCAGAGUGCACGGGUCCAGCAGCGGCUGCAGGGACAGACGGAGGCCAUGCUCUGCCCCGGCGCGGAGUCUGUGGCGCUCCCAGCCCAGGGCCAGUAUCCAGGCAUGAUGAACCAGAUGCAGGCGACAGCGAUGGGAAACUGCGGACCCGUGAACCACAGCGGAAGCCAUGUGAUGGGACACGCGAGCGCUCACUUUCAGCAGCGCGUCCCGCCGAACAUCACCUGCAUGCUGCCCAGCGGCGCUGAUGACCGAGGCGAGGCGGCAUCGCUGAGCUGCAGCAUCGCUAACACUCCUCAGAUGAGCGGCGUGACGGCGGCCGCGGGGCACAUGUACCACCAUCACCCCACACUGCAGGGCAUGCACGGGGUCUCUGCUUAUCCGGGCCAGGGGCAUUCCUUUGCAACGGCUCCUUUCACAGACAGUAAUGUUCCCAACUCCAACAGCUUGCCUUGCCUGUACCAGGAUUAUCAGGGCUGCAUGCCUGACGGCGGCCAGCCUGCGAUGAGCUCUCAUUCUGGAGAUGCAGGUCUGUACCGAGAGGCUCUGCAGAAGCUGCAGGGUCAGGCUGACGUUUCCAUGGCGGGAGCCUCUGGAGGCCAGAGUUCGGUGGAGUCUGUGGAUGCGAUCUACAGAGCGGUGGUGGACGCCGCUGGCAAAGGCAUGCAUGUGACCAUCACUACCGGCGUGAGCACACAGGCCAGUCCCGUCCCCGCGCUCAGCGCCAUGAGUGCCUUCACCGCCUCCAUCGGGCCGCCGCUCAGCCUGCCUCAUGCCGUUAACGCGGUCAUACACGCGCCGCGCGGAUCCGAGAGGACGGACCCCGGCCGAAUGCAGCUGCCCAACCACACGCGCAGAAGCUCCGAGCAAAGCAAGAACACGCCUGACGGCGCAGACACGCACGCGUAUUUCCGCUCGCCUAGCGCCGCCACACCUCGCCCGCACUGGGACGAGCCCAACCACGCGCACUGGAGAGGAGAGGAGUUUCUGGAGUGCUCCACCCAGGUGCACAGCAGUCCAUGCAGCAGCAAAAGAGAGAGAAAAACCGUGAUGGAGUGUCUGCAGGAGACAGCCUCCGACGCUCAGACAGACGACAGCGCGAGCCUGCGGUUUAGCCACCGCGCCAGAGAACGGCUAGAGCUCAAUGGAGCGCUGCCUCAUGGAGGAUACGGGGAGCCGCUCACCGGAGAUGACCAGUCGCCCGGAUCCUCCACCAGCUUGGAAGGGCCGCUGCUCAAAGACUACACUCACUUCAACGGGCACUUUAACGGACACUGUGCACCCAGCCCCUCGGACACCAGGAGCCUCAGCAGCGAGGAGGAGCUGCGGCACCCAGACUCUCCUUCAGCAGAGAUGCUGCACUACAGGCCUCGGGCCUUCAAUGUGAGCGAGCUGGUCUGGCCGAUCAAAGGCUUCCCGCCCUGGCCGAACAAACUGAUGGGAGAAGAGCAUGGGCGCAAUCCCAGCAUGCAACUGUCAGAACAGGCCAGGGUGGAACCGGAGCAGCUGAAAACACUAACACAAGACCUUCAGGUGCUGGACAGAGCCAACAAAAAAAACAGGAAGGCGGGAAAACUAAAUCAUCAUUUAGAAGCUGCGAUUCAUGAGGCCAUGAGUGAGUUGGACAAGAUGUCUGGAACUGUUCAUCAGGAUCGUCAAGUCAAGCUGCCCAAACCCAAGAGGAGGAAGAUCUCCAGAUAACAGCAGCGACAGUGUCUCUCUCUCUUUGAUCGUGGUGCUACACUCUAGCAGACGGCUCAUCGUGGCUCCGCCCUCAUCCAGUGACUGACAGGUGCUGGAUCAGCCAAUUAGAAAAGGCAACAAAUACAACUUGUUGAAGAACUAUUUUUUUCUAGUGUACAAGGAAAAAUAUCAAAAUGCAAAAAAAAAAAAAAAAUUACUGCAUUUAAGAACACAGACAGUCCAAAUAUUUCUGAUAUGUUUUCGAUGUGUAUAUAGACAAUACAGAAAUUUCAUGGUAAAAACAUGGGAAGAAGUGUAAAUACUGUAGGAUAAUGACAUGUACAAGCCAACUUAAUGCACACUUUAUCUUCAGCUGUACAAAACACAAAACAGAAAUGUCUCAUCGGCCCAUAAGGCCCUGCGACAUUACAAUGAAUAAGAGUCAAUCUGAGACUUUUCUAAGCUUCAGUUUGAGUUGUAUUUUGAGAGAGUGUGUGUGUGUGUGUGUCGGAGUGGACUUCACCAGCUCAAUGGGUUUGAUGCGGGUUUGACUCGAGCUUGUGGGCUUCUAUAUAUAUAUAUAUAUAUAUAUAUAGUUUAGGUCUUCCAGCACUAAACACUAAUACAUGAAUAUGUUUAUAAUUGUCCCGUGUCAUUUUGCUGUGUUUUUUUUGUCUUUAUAUGGUUAUGUUGGUCUUUCCUUUGUGGAUUUGUUGUAUUUGAGUUAGACAGCACUGGUUUGUGAGGUUUCAUUGGAGUCGUUCUUACUGUAAUGGCCAACGAAGAGGAAAACUAGGGGCCUUAUAAUGUUAUUAAUGACGCAUGGACUCCCUGUUUAUUUGACAUGUUCAGUAAACUUGGCAAUAAUAUGGCCCUGCGCAGAUACUCGCUAAAGCCUUGUACUUCUGUACACACACACACUUCAGUAUUAUUCCUUUGCCUUUCAUGAUGCACUCAGUAUUUUCUCUGUUAAAGUUUCACACAUCAAGAAUUUAACAGUACUUUUGGAAAAUCUUAAUUUCACUGUCCACUUAAUGAUGGAAGCCUCCAGUCAUAUCAGUAAUGAAAUAAAAUUAGAUUGACUCUACAUGAAGACGGUCAGGAGCCUCAUGAGAUGACCAGCCGAACACCAAUCACUUCAUCUCAGUAACGUCAGGAGUCAGAAUCAGUCCGAGAACAGGAACACAAACUGAAAAACCACUGCGUGUAUCUCCACGUGGUGUAGUAAUGUGGUGGUGUGUUUGAUUCUGCAUUAUGGAAAGACACAGAUGAGCUGUCGGUUUGUUGAAUCUCAUACUGUUCUAAAAGGCAUUCAUGGGAAAUGUCACUUAGGUGAGAGGAGUUUGUUUUUGUCUUUGUGUCUGUUCUACUUUCAUGAAUAUACGAUCAGAAGGGUUAGUAAAUGGCUUUAGCACUGAGGGGCAGUAGUGGUUUAGGGGUCAUAGAUGGGUUAGGAACAGGUCAGAGGUCAGCAUUGUGCUCAGAAUCACUGGAGUAAACAUCUGCCAGCAACACUAACUCAAUUUGAAGAGCUGAUUUGAAUUAUUUUUGUGUGUAAACUCUAUAGGUAUGUGUGGGAUUCGCAGCACAUUGCUGUGUGAAACACUCAUCAGCUUGCAUCCGUUUGAAACUCUAAAGCAGGGCAGAUUAAAUACCAGAUAUUGGGAGUUUUCUCUCCUUGUUGUCGAUCUUUACAGAAAUCUCACUACGAAAUUAAGUGCAAUAUUUCCAUUCUGUGGAACUGGGAACUAUAUCGGCGCAGAUAUCGUUGUAAUGUGUUUCAGAGGAGAAAUGGUUCAAGCCCGUGAACAGACUCGAUCGGCUCGUGCGUCUCUGCUGGUGAAGUCGGCUCUGUUGUUAGCGCAAUGCUGCGAAAGUCUUACUGUUCAAGGUCAAAAACAUUUUGUGUUCAUGUGGUCAGUGUUGCCCAAAACAUUUUCCAUUUCAAUUCUUCAGUCCUUUUCUUUCAUUUCCUCUGUGCGUGCGUGUGUGUGGACAUUUUUAUUUUAUUCUCUUUGCUUGCUGUUUUUUGAUUGGUAUCUGACUGGUAUUACAAACCUUUCUGAUGUCAGUAUUUUUUUUCAAUAAGUAUCUGAGUAUAUAUUUUCUCACCAGUAUGUACUUUACAGCAGUCGACUUUGUAAAGUAUGUUGUGC